AUGGCUACGGACGCAUACAAGAAUAUCAUCCUCGUCGGAUGUGGUGGCUCGCUCGGAGGCGCCCUUAUGAAGUCUCUUCUGUCCGAACCCACGUUCAACGUCACGGUCCUCACAAGAGAGUCAUCCAAGGCACGUGGCAGUAUCCCUUCCACGGCGUCUGUAAUCACCCUCGCCGACUCUUACCCCUAUGAGGACCUCGUCAAGGCCUUCAAAGGCCAAGAUGCAGUGGUGAACGCAAUCAACAGUUUCUCCGUCGCCGAGCAGCACAAAUUCAUCGAUGCGGCGAUUGCCGCCGGGGUCAAGCGAUUUGUGCCGUCCGAGUAUGGAGUCGAUAACAAUACCCCCGCAGCUCAGGAACUAUCCUCUGUAUUCAGAGAGAAGGGGAUGGUGCAGCAGUAUCUGCGAAGUAAAGAGUCGAGCGGACUAACCUGGACAGCUAUCGCUUGCGGCACGUGGAUCGGAUGGUGCCUGCGCAAUAACUUCCUUGGAUUAAACUAUCCCAGCCGAAGCAUCACAUUCACUGACGACGGCGAGGGUUAUUUUUCGACGACCACGCUGGACAACACGGCCCUGGCGCUGAACCGCGUUCUCCUCAACCCUAGCACGACGGCUAACCAAAUUGUCUUCACCAGUGACUUUGCAACUACGCAAAAGGAGCUCGUCCAGACGAUUGAGCGACUCACCGGUGAGAAGUGGGAGCGCAAGUCGAUUAGCACCGAGGAGGCUAUUCCCGCUCUGAAGAAGGCGUGGGAAAAUGGUGAAGUGUCGGCAGGGUAUGGCCUGAUCAAUAUCGGGUUUACUAAGGGUACCUAUAGUGGCCACUUUGAGCCCAUUAAGCAUAUUAGGAACAAGGAGCUAGGGCUGCCGGAGAAGAAUAUCGAGCAGGUGGUGAAGGAGGCUUUGGCGGAGGUGGGACAUCCUGGGUUUUCAUAG